AGAAAGAAGAAAAGAAAAAAAGAAGAAGAAGAAGCUCUCUUCCGAUCUUGAUCGGGCCAGAGCGAAACCCUAACCAAACCGGCGUCUUGCCCCCAGCUGCUCUCCCUCCCUCCUUCCUCCUGCCUAAACCCCAGCUUUCUCGAACGUCUAAUCGGAGAGCAGCCGCGGCAAUCCCGAGAGCGACCGAUCGAAAUGGCUUCUUCCGCCAAUCGAAUCCUCACAUCCCUCCACUCUCUUCUCUCCGUCCGACCGUCUAUCUCCUCCUACCGUCUUCCCUCCGCCGCCCGCCGCCGCCUCGCCGCCGUUGCCGCACCGAAUCCCGACCUGGAACGCCCCUCCUUCGCCUCGCCGGCGGAGGAAGAGAAGAAGAAGAAGGAAGACACCAUAUACUUGAAGAAGCCCAGCUCGGAGGCAGCCACCCGGGACGCGACCUCGGUGACGAUGCCCAUGUCCUUCGUGACGGGAUCCAUCGUGGGGAAGCGCUUCUACAAGGAGGUGACCACCCGGCUGGCCGAUGACGGCAAUGGUUGGACGGUGAUGCUCGACUACAGGACCCUCAAGAGCCCUUCCAAGAGGCCCCUCAAGUUCCCGAAUCUCGCCCUCGCCAAGGCCAUCGCCGCGGAGUGGGAAUACCAGCAAACAGAUGGAAUCCGACCUUUCACAAUGCCUCUCAUGAAGCUGGCUUGUACUGCAUUGGAAAGAGUUCCAUUAACACGUGUGAAAAUUAUUAAAAAUUUAAUGAAGAAGUUUCAUCAAGAUUUAGUAUUUUGCCGUUUCCCGGGUGAUAGUGAUUUGACAAGAGGAGUUCUCAGAAGACAAGAAGAGAAAAUUGACCCUAUACUUGAUUGGGUACAAUCUGAAUUUGGGUUUAAGCCAGUAGUAUACUCCAGCUUUUUUGGGGGCAAGCAGGAUGAUGGUCUAACUAAGGCUAUUGAAAACGUUCUGGAGAAAACAAGUGACUCUGAAUUAGCAGCAAUUGAUGCAAUGGCUGCUUCUGCACAUUCUUUGAUCAUUCCUCUAGGAAUUUUUUACGGAAGGCUGGGGAUUGAGGAGGCCAUUGAGUUGAUCAGGCUUGAAGAAGACUUGCAGGUUGACAGAUGGGGCCUGGUUGAAGGAGGUCAUGAUAUUGAUAUUGCUGAUCUGCAAGUGCAAAUGUCAUCUGCUGCUGUGUUUCUUGGACUUUCACAGAUACCAUGAUCUAUCCCAAAUUUUCUGUUGUAGUGCUGAUUGAUUUAUCACUCUUCAAUAGUUUCUUCAUUUUGUUUCAAGCUUCAUAUGAUGUUGGUAGCUGCUUAUCAUGGGACCCAAAAUGUAAUCCUUGCUACAUGUCCUGAUAUCUGAGAUAAGUCAAUAUAAGCAAAAUUUAAAUGCCAUGAGAUUCCAAGUGAAA